CCGCUCCCCUAAGUGACGUCAGUCCACUUGACUCUUCUAAAGUCUGUCAUCUCGUGGUUUCACUUUUUAAAAACAUCCGGAGCAGCAGCAGCUUCUUCCUCCUCUUCAUCCCAGGCCUGAGUGACGGAGAGCGGCGUCUUCAGCUCCACGAUGUCCGGACACGGUCACGGCCACGGCCACGGCUGCGGGUGUGAGGGAGAACACGAGCCCGCGGAGAGGGGCCUGGAGUACGGACUGUUCCAGCGCAUCGACGUGGAGAAGCUCCAGUGUCUGAACGAGAGCCGGGAGGGCGACGGGAAGCUGGUGUUCAAACCCUGGGACCAGAGGAACGACCGGGAGAAGUUUGUAGAAAGUGAUACAGACGAGGAGUUGCUGUUCAACAUCCCUUUUACAGGCAGCGUGAAGCUGAAGGGCAUCAUCAUCUCCGGAGAAGACGACGAGUCUCAUCCUGCGGAGAUACGACUGUACAAAAACAUUCCUCAGAUGUCCUUCGACGCCACCGGCAGAGAACCUGAACAAGCCUUCAGACUCAACAGAGACCCCACUGCUGAGCUGGAGUACCCAACAAAGAUCGCUCGCUUUUCCAACGUUAAUCACCUCUCAGUCCACAUCUCAAAGAACUUUGGAGCAGAGAGCACCAGGAUCUACUACAUCGGACUGAGAGGCGAAUACUCAGAGGCUCACAGACAUGAAGUGACCAUCUGUAACUACGAGGCAGCAGCAAACCCUGCGGAUCACAAAGUGGAGAGCGUCAUCCCGCAAACCAACUUCAUUUCCUGAAAGCUCUGGAGAUCGUGAGGAGGAGGAGAAGUUUCAGUGGCGUCUGCUGAGCGUCAUUUACACGAGACAAAAUGGUCUGAGAUGAGUUCAACGCUGCAGACUGGCAGGUUGGUCGAGCUUGACCGGAGACUGAGCACUCAAAAUCUGGAGACCAGGCAGCUUCAGACGUGUGGAAGUCCCGAGUUGUUGCUCUGUGUUCUAUGGCAAUAAAGAAUAAAGGCUUAAUGUGGGCAAAAAAACGUUCUAAUAAAUGCAUGAAAUAUUUGACACUGAGAUAAAGUCUGUUGUCAUCAGUUUAUCCUGUAAACUUUUCAAGAUAUUCACCACUUCAAUAAAGCUACUCUCAAAUCGU